AUGGUAAUAGUUUCUAAAGAAUGGUUAUUAAACUAUAGAGAAUAGGAAAGACAAAGAUACGCAAACCCAACAAAACCAUGGGUUUAUACCUGUAUGGAUGGUUCAAAGACAUGUGUAGCUCCUGUAUGUAAAAAAGUGACCACAAAUCUAUAAUCAAAACCACGUGAUCAUGCAUUUUUAAAACCAGGUAGAUCUCCAUAUAUAACGAUUUUAUCUUUAGUAAGAGAUGCAUGUGCUAAAAUGCCGAAUGGAAUGGGAACAAGAUCUGAUAUAUGUGAAUUAUUAAAAGAAAGUUAAUAUAUAAAUUCAGAUUUGACUUAAGAUAAAGUAAGUACUAUAGUAAGUGGAGCAUUAGAUAGAUUACACUAUUUAGAUGAUCCAUGUAUUAAAUAUGAUCAAGAAAAAAAGGUUUGGUUUUAUUUACAUAAAGAUAGAAUAGAUGAUAAUACAUCAUGGAGAGAUAAUAAUAAUAAUAAUAAUAAUAAUAAUAAUAAUAAUAAUAAUAAUAAUAAUAAUAAUAAUGAUAUAAAUAAUAAUAAUUGA